UUUACCACUUCAUGUGACUCCCUCUCUGAUCAGUAUUUCCAGUGAAUUAGAGGAAGACUUGUGAUAUUGUCAUCUUCCAAAUGGAUCACUUCGCUCCUAACACAAAAAGUCUCAUUUCCAGGUUUGCACAGGGGAAGAAGUGUAUCUUCAGACUGACUGGCUUCCUCUGCAGCCUUUUAUCUUCAGGAUUUGGAAUAAUCCUUGCAAGCAGCCAAUACUGGCGCCUUUGGGAAUUUGAUAAUAAGGUGGUUCAACUUGUAUACAUUGGACUCUGGGAAGCUUAUUAUCAUCAGGAGUUUAACAUCUCUGGUUCUGUGACCAGGAUUCUGGUGCACAGCCCUGUCAACUCGACCUGGACCAUUUCACCUGAAUUUAGAUGUGCACAGAGCCUGAUAUUAUUGGCUAUCUUUAUAAAACCUGUGGUGGUGCUUUUUAGCUCAGCAGCCAUUAGGGUUAGCAUUAUCAGAGCUUCAGUCCCUGUGAUUCAGAUACUCUGCUACAAGUGCUGUGUCUUAAUUCUGCUUCUCAGCAGCCUUUGCACAGUUCUUUCUGUGACCUGGAACCAUGUAGUAGAUCUUUAUGGUGAAACCACUCUUGACUUUCCACCCACCUUUCCUGUUAGGAAAGUAGCCCUUAUAAAGAAACACUACACUCAUGUGUUCCCCAUAGGGGUCCUGACAGCCACCUUGUCACUCUUUGCUAUGAUUAUGUUCCUUUUUGAAAUCAGGUCAUUGAAACUACAGAGUAACCUGAAUGCCCAGUGUGAUUCCAAACAGGCCAAUCAAAAGGCCUGAAAUGAGAGAUAUGGCAUUUGCAAAAUGUGCCAGGUGACUCCUUGGCCAAAUUUCCUACACCUACAUGAUACUCUUGUAGUAUUCUACUCACUUAAAAUAAAAUGUCACUUUGAUUUCCA